UUAUGUUCUGCUGUUUGUGGGAACUGUCACCGGAGAGCAUCAGGCAGUUUGUCCGACUCCAACAAUGGAGGCAAAACGAGGCGAGGACGUCGUUCUACGUUUUUUUCUGGAGCCUGAGUUCAACUUGUCUGCUAAGACGUUGGAGUGGAGCAGAGACGACCUCAAGGAGCCCAAUGAAGUCCACGUAUAUCGAAGUAAAGGGGACGAUCCUACAGCACAGAUAGGUCAAUACAAAAACAGGACGACUCUCAACCAUGAAGAGCUGAGCAGAGGAAUCGGGACCCUGCUGAUCUCCUCAGUACAACCGUCUGACAGCGGGCUGUACCAAUGCUACAUCCCAAAGCUGAAGGUUGGUUGUACCAUCAACCUCACUGUCGUAGAAGAAGACCAACAGAGCACAACUGGACCUCCAGAGGAAGACGUGACUGAGCCAAACAAUGCCAAUGUUGGGAACAGGAAUGCGGCUCGUGCUCGUAUCGUUACUGCUGCUGUUGUUACUCUCUACGUUCUCGUUGUUCUGGUUCUGUGGAAGUUGGGAAAGAUCCAGGAUUGUAUGAAGAGGCUCAGAGGGAGGACGGAGCAACAUCUGGAGACGGUUUCUGACGGAUCUGAAAGGAAAGAGCUGAACUCCAAAUCAUCAGAGGACUGCGAGGACCAGGAGACGUCUGCAGAAAACGGUUCGGGAAACAUCGACUCAGAGGGGAAGUGAUGGUCUUUGGUAUUUACUGCACAAAUUAAACCUCCAUGUCAGGGACCGAGCUGGCAGGCACGAGGAGUCAAGGGUACAUUUUCACAAAAUAACAACAAACUAAACAACAAGAAACAUCUUCUCUGUAUAACGCCAGUUCCAACAUUCACCACAAACAUCCUCCAAUAUGAUCACACAGCUGGAUCAGUUUCAAAGGGAACCCCUUGACCUCUGACCUCAAGAUGUAUGAAUGUAAACGGGUUCUACGGGUACCGACGAGUCUCCCAUUGGCAGACGCUGUACGAGUCGUACUGACUUGAGAUCCAUUAAACAGCUGAACAUGUUUCUAUUGUCUCUUUUUAAAUGUCUUUUCUCUUUUGUUGCUGCUGCGCCGUAUUAACACAUUUAUUGUAUUUGUCUGCAUUUAUUACAGUGUGUGUGUGUGUGUGUGUGUGUUUGUGUGUUUGUUGUUCUCUGACUGUAUU